AUGGGAAUAAAAAAAACUGUUGAAGAUGAUACAAUGGAUCAAGAUGAUGCAAGUUCUAAUGAGGAGGGAGAAGAUACAAGUGGGCUGAGCAUAGAAUCAAACAAAAAAGGAAUGAGUGUUGACAUGUAUUUUAAGGUGCAUGGAAUUAAUUUCGAAGACGAGGAAGAUGAGCAAGAUGAGCAAGAUGCUGCAAAUAUUGAGGGUAGUAGAGGACAAGCUAGUAAUGAAGGCACUAAAAAGAAAACUCGUGGCAAGACCUUAUGCAAAAAACUUCAUGCCACUGAUUUUAAUGAUCGACGGGAGGUGGAGUUUUUACAAUGGCAGCCUAUUGGUCCAACCAAGGAGGUCGUAGCUAACCUAGGCCAAUUUUUGGGUUCAACUGUUAGAAAUUUCCAUUUUGUGACUUUGCUAUACACUAGUUGGCAUGGUGUGCCUGAUAAUAUCAAGGAGGGCAUGUGGGAGUAUGCCAACAUAUGUAAUAUGCCUUUAUGGACAUUCAUUCUUCCAAUAAGUUCAAAGUCGUGGGUCAUGCGGGAAUUUUGUCGUGCAUGGAAAAAAUACAAGGGUGAAAUUAAAAAAGAACAUUUCUUAAAGUACAACACAAAGAAAGAAAUAAUAAAGAACCGAUUAUUAGAGAUUCCUGAAUUUCAGUUUCGCAAGCUAAUUCGGUAUUGGAGUCUUCCCGCUAUCAAGGCUAUGUCUGUUAAGAAUACUGAAAAUAGGUCAAAGCAAAUAUGUCCUCACCGAAUGGGUUCUACAAAGUUUACAAUAGUGCGCAAGCAGCUGCGUGACUCUAAAGAGAACAAUGAAGAGCCAUCAAAGGUUGAGAUUUUCACAGCAACUCGCACAAGUAAAAAUGGAAAAGAAAUUGAUGCUAAAACACAAACAACAAUUGUGAAUUGUUUCAAUGAACUUCAAAGCCGCAUAGAGGCAGGGAAAAAUCAUGAUGAUGCAUUUGUAGCAGUGCUAGAAAAGGACCAACCAGGUCGAGUUUGUUAUUAA